AUGAAAUACUACUAUGCUUUUAUCAUAAUUUUAGUUUUUGUUUAUUUGAAAAGGGAAGAUUUACAAAAGCUUUCAUAAAUAGAGCAAAUAGAUGAUGCAGUAGAAAAGAACAAACAAUUGGCAGAGUUUAUUAAUGGUAGAUAGAUCCAUGAUUUAUUUCUCUUCCAUGCAGUCAAAAUGAUUGAUACAAAUCUUAAAUCAUCUUAUAAAAAAUUGGAAGAAACAGUGUCAUCACUUUAAAAUUUAUUAGCUUUACUUUAUAAUAGGAUAACAAUAGAAUCUAGAAUUUAAAUGAAAAUUAUUCCAUCUCAAAUAAACUUUGCCAAUUAUUUUGGUGGUGCCACCAUACUUACAAAAAGCAAAUAAUUAAUUGGAGUAGAUAAUAUUUUAAUGGAUAAUCAAGAAACGUACAUUGUUCUAAUUUGAAUUUAGUUAUAUGAUAACAGAGUGUAAUUAAGAAAAUUUGUUCUUUAUAAUUUGCUUAAAAGAAGAGAUCUAAUUAGAAUCUAUAUACUUUAUUAAUAAAGAAUUUUAUUCAUCAACAAUAAAGAAUUUCAAAGUAUAAUAUUAAAAUAACUAUUUCUUUUGAGGUUUUUGGAAGUGUUGUAUAUCCAACUGAAUCUUGGGAUAUAUUAUAAUCAUUUGAAUCAGAGGAUAUAAAUGAAUGGUAACACUUUGAAUUUAAAUCACAUUUUCUUAGAUAUUUGAAAAUUGAAAUCAUUGAUUUUCAUUAAGCAGAAUAUCAUUGUACUUUGACUUAAAUAAGGUAUUUAGAUUAUAAAUGUUUUAGAGUUUUUGGAUAAACAGUUAUUGGAGAUUUAAUAUAAUCUCAUAAAAGAUAUAAAUUAAAAUUACCUAAAAUUGAACCAAUAACAGAAUAAAUUAAAUAACCAAAAAGAUUGAAAAUACCAUGUAAUGAAAUAAUCUCUAAUUAUACAAAUUCUAAUAAUUCUACAUGCAAUUAUUUCGAUUAUAUAUUUGAUAUGCAAUAGUCUAAAAUUGAUGAAAUAAAGAGUCAAAAUCAAUAUUUAGAUGUGAUUCCUUUUGAAUUUAAUUAAUCCUUAUUUAAAGUUACAGCAUAAAAUAUAGUUAUACUCUCUCAUAAUCUUCAAUUAUUGAAAGAAUAAUUAUAAUAAAUACGUAAGAAUAAAUUGAAGGAAAUGGAAAAUUAAAAAUAAAAUGAUAACAUAUAAUAGUAAUUAUUAUUCGAACUUUCAUAAUAACAAAAUAUAAAUAUUAAUUUAGAGAAAUAAAUAUAGUAAUUGAAUUUUUUCACUAAUGUUUAUGCAAUAUGCAUUAUAAUUCUAUUUAUUUGGUUGUGUUGGAUUAUUAUAAACAAGUAUUAAUACACAAGAAAUAAUAGAGAUCAAUAAAUUGUCAUAUAAAAUUAGAAAGAUUUCUAAGAUAUUAUUGCUUUGACACCAAUUCUAGUGAAUGGAUAUUAAAAUAAUAAUGAUGAGAAAUGUCACUAUAUAAUAAAGAGCUAAAGCAAUAAUAAUAAUCAUAAAAAUAAAAAAAAGAGCAAUUUUGUUAAUUGA